AUACAUACCUUUGCAGUUAAAAAAACACACACCCACUGCACAGAUACUCCAGUAGACAGAGAAGGUUGAGGCCAGGAAAGGAUAUGGAGAACGGAUCAAAGAAAUGGGGUUUUCAAUCCAACAAGAUCCUCAACACUUCUGCGAAAUAUAUGACAGUGCGUGGAGCUCUAGAUGCUUUAAUGGCGAAUCUCAACAAACAAGACCAAAGACCACUUAUUCCUCUCGGUAACGGCGAUCCUUCUACCUUCCCAUGCUUUCGUACUACUUCUGUUGCUGAAGAUGCCAUCGUCGACGCCUUAAAAUCCGCCAAAUACAAUUGUUAUGCUCCAAAAUAUGGUAUUCUUCCUGCCAGGAGGGCUAUUGCAGAUCACCUUAAUUGUGAUCUCCCAUACAAGUUAUCACCAGAUGAUGUUUUUGUGACACUUGGAUGCAUACAUGCCAUUGAAAUCACAGUAAGAGCUCUUGUCAGACCUGGUGCUAACAUUUUGUUUCCAAGACCAGGUUUCCCAUACUAUGAAGUUGUUGCUGAACAAACUGCUCUGGAGAUUCGCCAUUUUGAUCUUCUACCAGAAAAAGGCUGGGAGGUUGAUCUUGAAGCUGUUGAAGCUCUGGCAGAUGAGAACACUGUUGGCAUGGUUAUUAUAAACCCUGGAAAUCCUUGUGGAAACGUCUACAGCUACGGACAUUUAAAAGAAAUUGCAGAGACAGCUAAAAAGCUUGGAAUUAUGGUGAUUGCUGAUGAAGUAUAUGGGCAUCUCUCAUUUGGGAGUACCCCAUAUGUGCGAAUGGGAAUUUUUGGGUCAAUUGUGCCUAUCCUUUCACUUGGAUCUAUAUCGAAGAGAUGGAUUGUUCCUGGCUGGAGAAUUGGUUGGAUUGUUGCUGUUGAUCCCAAUGGAAUCCUUAAAAGCACUGGGGUUGUUGAUUCUAUACUUAAUUGUCUCAACAUCUGCUCUGGUCCUCCAACUUUCAUUCAGGCUGCAAUUCCAGAAAUCCUUGAGAAUACGGAGAAGGAUUUCUUUAUGAAAAUUGUCAACUUACUGAGAGAGGAUGCAGACAUAUGCUGUGACAGAAUGCAGGACAACCCAUACAUUACUUGUCCAAAGAAACCAGAAGGUUCUAUGUUUUUAAUGGCAAAACUGAAUAUUUCAUUAUUAGAAGAUAUCAAGGAUGACAUGGAUUUCUGUCUGAAGCUAGCUAAAGAGGAAUCAGUCAUAAUUCUACCUGUGCAGGGAUGUUUGUAGGAAUGAAGAAUUGGCUUCGCAUAAGUUUUGCCAUUGAGCCUUCAGCCCUUGAAGAUGGUGUUGGAAGAAUAAAGUCUUUCUGUGAAAGGCAUGCCAAGAAGCAGUAAGAAUUACUGCUGGACAUUUAGCAGCUGUUGGAUCAACUGUAUAACGUUGAUCCUAAGUCUCCAACUGCACUGUGUUUUUAUGGUAUGUUCUCCAGUUGGUCAACGAAUAAAUGUAUCCCUUCUUACUGAACUAAAAUGAGAAGGGGUGCUUGAGAUCAACAACUUCGCGUUGUAUCUCAAAGAAACUCUAAACCCUUGAAACUAAAAUCUCAUUAGAUGUCUAAAAUCCUUGUAUUGAAUAUUGUUUUAGAUUAUCUAUCAUUGAAAACUUAGAAAAUUUCAUCAAGUGGCACUUUGGUGUAAAAUACCUUACACCCAAAUAUUAUGUGAGGUGAGUACUUAAAGUAGGCUUGUUUAUGUUUGCGUGAGAUGGUAAAGGGUAUGUGCUUCAAAAGCAUUUGAAUUAUCUCAGUUCUUAGAUCAACAACUUGUGUUGAAUCUGUGCAAUAUUACUUCUUGUUCUGUUUAGAAG